GCUUUUGAUACUCUUUUCGACAUCACUGCUCUGUAUUACAAGUAAAAAAAAUCCCGGUAAUAGUCCACAUGUAAAGUUUUCUUUACCAGAAUUGCGAAGUCCGACAUGUAUUAAUUGAUACUCUCCAUAUAGAAGCGGAUUUCCAUAUGUAAUUUUUCCAUCACCAAUUUUCUCAUCAAUAGAAAUUAUGAACUUUCUUAAUUAAGUCAUCAAUAUUCUAUUUCAGUUCGUUUUCAUUUGAGUCCCCAUUUGAGUAUAUUCGGUUUACAGACAUAGUAUUAAAUUAUUCGUUCUCACUUUUACCCCUACAACUUUUAAACACGUCUAAAAACACUCGCACGUAAUUCACUUUUAACACAAAAUUGUUUCACAAGCUUAAUCGAAAUCGCUUAAUCCUUUUGGGAGCUAUGAUGCCAAGACUGACACAUCAAACUUAUAAUACCCCUAUUUUUGCGACGGGCGUUAAAAAUACCUUACAUUUGUGAUCCUUCAAAAUUACGCUCUUCUUUAUGACUAUUUCGGAGAGCUCCAAUCUGCAAAAUUAUAAAUAGAGUACGAAAUAAAAAAAAAAUGUUGCGUUUUCAGUUCAAAUUAUUUGUAUUUACUAGAAGACAUGAUAAUCACUAGUGAUUCAUGAAAAGGUCAAAAAACCACUGUUUCAUUUAUUUAACAAAACCAUAUUGUACUGUAAAAAGUGUGUUUUCUUUCAGCAGAUGCACCUGCACCGGAACAGCCAGUAGAACAACAGCCUGUGGAUGAUGACGUCAUGAUAGUGGAACCGGAACCACCCUCUCCCGAGGCAACGGGGCCGGCGAUAUGCGCAGAAGAUGAAAACGCUGACAAGUACAAGAAUAUGGAUAAUGAGCAAAAUAUAUUCAGGCAGUUGGACGAGACGAUAUCGAAGGCUAUGGACGACGAAUUGGAUGAAAUGUUUCACGAGAUUUUGGAAGAGUUUGAAAAAGAAUCGGACGUGACUUACAAAGGUAUACUCGAAGAAGUUAAGAAUGUAACGCUCACUCUGAAACAGGUAAUAAAGUCGAAUAUAACCAAGCGCUACCUGAACAUUGGGCCUAUUGUGGUAAGAAUCUUCGCGACACCAAAGAUCUGUAAGACGAAGCUCGCGCCAGUCCUUGAGGCAGAAGGUAUCACAAACCUCUGCAAGACUAGCAAGUGCUACAUCGGUAUGUGCCAGUCUUAUGAAGAGCUGGAUAGACUGUGUGCUAUGAAAACAUUAGUUGUUGAAAAUUCAUCAAUAUCAAUGAAACCUUACCACUGACUGGUAAAAAGAAGAAAGUGACCAGAGACGACAUUCUGGCUCAUCGCAAAGCCAUCGCCGAUAGCUUCACGAAGUUCGCUCAAACACAGGAGAAACUAGUAGGAAGUAGUGCAGUGCAGAGUGCUGAGGAUAAGGUGGUCGAGCUGAGUGAGGACAACGCUGGGGUAACGGGUGACGGUGCUACAGAUGAAGGAAGCUGUGAACAAUCAAAAGUCCCAGUCACAACUAAUGUCGACUUGACCGAGAAUGAUUCAAAUAGUCAAAAUGAUAACCAAAACGACGAGAAAACUGAAAAUGAUGAGGAAAGCUCAGCUAUAGUUGUCAAACAAGAAAAUGCUGAA